AUGGAAAACCCGCCUUCUAUUUCCCUCGUGGAUAAUACCGUCCCACAGCAACCCAUCGGCGAAUCACUCCAACCACGCACAUCCACCCUCAGUCAACAAGGAAGCCUGACGAAGCACCUGAGCCGUGCAUCCGUCCAUAGCCAGCUCGCAAAGCGGAAAUACGCAAAAUGGCAACCCGAUAGACUCGGUAUCGCACCUGGCACAAACGACUCACCCAGUCGAGAAUCGUCCCAGGUGCGCGGAGAGUCAAUCUCAGCAAGCUCCGCCGGAGAAGGUAGCAGGGGCAGAGAUAUCGAAACAGCCGACUUUGCGCCAUCGCGAGUCUCGACUCAUAAUAGCAAUAGCAGCGGUCAUGUGAACGGAGCAGGAGGCCAAACCAACGGCCGCGAGGACAGCAAAUCCCGCUCGGAGAUGGACAUUCUCUACGAGAACCAGCGGGGCUGGUUCGUCUUUGGUGUCCCACAUUAUUCGCAGAGCUCGCUGUUGAACCUUGAUCCCAGUCCCUGGAUGACCCAGGACCGCAGAGCCAGUCCUGUUAAUAUCACGAAUGCCCAGCUGCCUGAUCCGAGCUGGGAAUGGACAUGGAAGACAUGGUAUGUUGACAUGUCUGGUGAUACCGACGAGCAAGGCUGGCAGUACUCUUUUUCAUUUUCUUCGUCUUCGUGGCAUGGUACGCAGCCGUGGUUCCAUUCAUUUGUUCGGAGGAGACGAUGGGUGAGGCUACGGACUAAGGUCCAUCAACGGUGGAACCUUGGUCGCUCGGACUUUGAGAAAUCGCAUAUGCUUACUGAGGACUAUUUUACCAUUCAUUCGUCCAAGGUCAGAAGUCGGGACCAGAGUAUUGCGGGACUGUCCCGGGUGGAAUCUGGGUUCAAUCAUGCGAGCAUGACGGUGGAUGAGGAGUCACAUGUCGAUGAGAUUGGGGAUAUACCCAGUUUGAUGCAUGCUUUGAAACUAGCUUCCAUUGAUCGAGAGAGGAUUGAUGCACUGAAGAAAUUUAUUGAGGACGGGGGCGACGAGCUCUAUUAUCUGAACGACAAGAUCCCCGAUAUAAUGCCCAUGUUCCUAUUCCAGACCUCCCGCUGGCAAUUUGUAACCUAUCUUUCUGGUGCUAUUCGUGAACUGUCCAAAACUCCCACCGAUUCUGAUAAGGACGCCGAUACAAUCCAACGCAAGAAGGAUAAUCUCGCCCGCGCCGCAGAAUCUUGCAAACGUCAUAUUACCGGACCAGAUGUCUUUAAAGGUGAUCAUGGAGAGUCGACAACGGGAUUGUUAGACUUGACUCCGGUGACCAAGCAGGAUACAUUAAGGUCUAAGCGACCGGUCUUGGAGGAGCGAUCGAGGUCAAUGAGGCGGGUUUUCAGGGGCAUUCCCAAAGCUGCUGAGAUUGACCGUGAAGGCCACAUUUAUUAA